GAUAAUCGCGGUAAAGAGUUUGUCAUUGGUUUUAUGGAUAACUACAUCAUGGGAGGUAAUCUCCAGUGCGAGCUCUUCAUCACCACCGCCCGUACGACGACAGUUAGUGUAAAAGUAGACUCCCCAAAGUGUUCCAACCCUAAAAUCUCCGCUUCCUUCUCUAUAACAGCUGGUCAAGUUAAACAAAUCCUCUUAAAUUACAAAAUAAGAAUGAUUGGAUCAGCGAAAGGCAGCAAAGGUAUCUGGGUCACCGCCUCGGACGAGAUUGUGGUUUAUGGCGUUAACAAAGAACAUUAUUCCAAUGAUGGUUUUGUGGGCCUUCCCACUGAUGUUUUAUCCGAUGAAUAUUAUGUUGUCACGUGGUACCCUCCAUACAGGCAAUGUGAGUUACUGGUUGUCGGGGUAGAAGAUUCCACGAAAGUCACUGUUACACUGGGACAAUACAUGGGAAGUAGGUAUGUUACCUAUAACAGAAAGAAUUAUAAAAAAGGCAACUCCAUAACAGAGAAUCUGAACAAAUUCGACACUUGGCAGCUUAUCACCACUGGCGACCUGAGCGGAAGUAAAAUCACCUCGAAUAAAAAGAUAUCCGUUUUCUCUGGAAACAAGAAAACAAAAAUAGGCAUAGGCAAUUCUCAGGAUCAUUUGGUAGAACACAUGACUCCCGUCAACACCUGGGGUAAAAAGUUCGCAACUGUCCCAAUUCCGAAGAGAACCGUCGGGGAUUACUUUAAAUUCAUUGCCAGCGAGGAUAACACCAGAGUCACGAUAUCGGGUGGCUACUCGUCAUCAUUUACAAUAUCUAAAGCGGGAGGCGUGGUACAGAAGCUCAUCUCCUCCAAAGCCUAUUGUAGGGUAGUGGCAGACAAACCUAUCAUGCUUGUCCAAUUUGUCCAAUCCCAGGUAAGUUCCUCUGAACCAUCUGACCCGGCCAUGAUGAUCAUUCCUCCAUGUGAACAGUACGGUGCUGACUAUACGUUCGCUACGCCCAAAUAUUCUGCCGGAUCCUAUGAAAAUUACUUCAUGUUCAUUGUUGAGGAAAAGGAAGCGUCCGGUCUGAGAAUUAACGGCAAAGCUUUUCCCACCAACACCGCCUUCAAGCGGAUCUCUGGGACGACUCUAGUGGGGGGAUACAUCUCUAUACCUGAGGGGACUCACACAGUUCGUCACACGUCUCCUAUUGCUAUUUUUGGAGGGUUUCUAUACGGAAAAGCUCCUUAUGAAACAUAUGGGUUUACCACUGGCAUGAGAAUGGCCAAAGUAAAUGCUAUUUGUAUUCCUACGCCGACUGUGACGGGCGACGGUAUUGACAACGAUUGUGACGGCAAGAUUGAUGAAGAAUUGUGUACUCCAGAAAACAAAAACAAAGAUGAUGACGGCGAUGGAAAGAUUAAUGAAGACUGCGCUAAACCUCCACCAAUUGACGGUAACUGGGCUAGUUGGACUUCCUACAGCGCAUGCUCGGUGACGUGUCAGCCAACGUCUCGUAGGGUAUCUGGAACUCAAACCAGAACCCGAAGCUGUUCCAACCCGGCUCCUGCUUACGAUGGAAAACAGUGCGCAGGUUCAGGGACUCAAACUUCGACUUGCUCACCAACCAAUCCAUGCAGAGUGGAUGGAAAGUGGGGAUCCUGGGGGUCGUAUGGUGCAUGCUCUGUGACUUGCGGAAGUGGUUCGAAAUCCCGCUCAAGAUCCUGUAACAACCCUGCUCCUGCAGGAGGCGGAAGUAACUGCCCUGGAAGCACUUCAUCGACUGCAACUUGCACUUUGUCUGCUUGUCCAAUUGACGGUAAAUGGGGAUCCUGGGGAUCCUACGGGUCCUGUUCUAAAACUUGUGGUGGAGGGACACAAUCAAGAAGUCGCUCUUGCUCUAAUCCCGCCCCUAGAUAUGGCGGAAGAUCUUGUUCUGGAUCCACUUCAUCGUCUCAAAGUUGUAACACUCACAACUGUCCUAUUGACGGAAAGUGGGGUUCCUGGGGCUCGCAUGGCUCCUGUUCCUUGACCUGUGGUGGUGGCACACAAACCAGAAGCAGAAGCUGUAGCAACCCCGCCCCUCGAUAUGGCGGAAAAUCUUGCGCCGGUUCUGGGACUUCGUCUCGCAGCUGCAACACAGCUAGUUGUCCAAUUGACGGUAAGUGGGGAUCGUGGGGAUCUUAUGGGUUAUGCACUUUGACCUGUGGCGGAGGAAGACAAACCAGAAGUCGGUCCUGCUCUAACCCCGCCCCUCGAUAUGGCGGGAAAUCUUGUUCUGGAUCCACUACCUCAACAAGGAGUUGUAACACACACUACUGCCCUAUUGAUGGUAAAUGGGGAUCAUGGGGAUCCUACGGAUCGUGUUCCAUCACGUGCGGCGGUGGCACACAGAGAAGAUCCAGGACCUGUUCAAAUCCGGCCCCAAAAUAUCUGGGAAAGGACUGUCCAGGGUCUUCUAGCUCUUCACGAGAUUGUAACACACACAAUUGUCCAAUUGAUGGCAAAUGGGCGUCUUGGGGAUCCUAUGGAUCUUGCACAGUUACGUGUGGUGGUGGCACACAGAGACGAAGCAGGUCCUGCUCAAAUCCGGCACCAAGAUAUCUAGGAAAGAACUGUCCCGGAUCUUCUAGCUCUUCUAGACAGUGUAACACCCACUUCUGUCCAAUUGAUGGAGCCUGGACCUCGUGGGGGAGAUACGGGUCCUGUACCGUGACCUGCGGGGGAGGGACUCAGGUCAGAAGUAGGUCAUGUACCAACCCCCAACCUCAGUACCUCGGAAAAGACUGUGUGGGACAAACAACUUCUUCAAGGAGCUGCAACACACAUCACUGUCCAAUUGACGGUUUCUGGGCCGGCUGGGGAUCCUGGGCUACCUGUACAGAGACGUGUGGAGGCGGAGUCCAAUCCCGAUCCCGAUCUUGUAGUAACCCCACUCCACAAUAUGGCGGAGCUUAUUGUUCUGGGUUCUCUUCCGACACUCAACGAUGUAACACACAAAACUGCCCAAUCAAUGGAGCCUGGAAUUCGUGGUCGAGAUGGGGAUCUUGCACGGUAACGUGUGGGGGAGGAACACAGAGGCGAUCAAGAAGUUGUUCUAGUCCCACCCCUCAAUACGGAGGACUGGACUGCGCUGGAUCAAGAACAUCCAGUCAAACCUGCAACACUCAGCACUGUCCAAUUGAUGGUGGUUUCUCUAACUGGGGAUCCUGGGGUACCUGCGCCGUAACUUGUGGCGGAGGAACACAGGUGCGCACGCGCAGUUGUUCUAAUCCAACUCCACAAUAUGGCGGUGCACCAUGUUCAGGGGCAACAAGUCAGAAUCAAGACUGUAACACACAAGUCUGCAUCAUUGAUGGGGCGUGGAGUACAUGGGGAGCCUGGGGAUCUUGCUCUGUGUCUUGUGGUGGCGGGAAAAGAUCACGUGCUCGCACAUGCUCCAACCCCAAACCGGCUAAUGGUGGGAAAUCGUGUUCCGGGUCUUUGAAAGAACUGGGAGACUGCAACAGUCAGUUUUGUCCGACACCAGCUGCGGGAACUUAUGUACAGUUAUGUCCCACAGGUUGGUUCACGUGUCAGUCAGGAGGCAUCACGUGUAUAGACAAAUCAUUUGUUUGUGAUUGCUCAAACGAUUGUGACGACGGAAGUGACGAAACAGUCGGUUACGCCGGAUGUUCUGGUGCGGUGAUCGCCAUGUGUGCAGAAAACGGUUCAGCGGAGAUAGUGACGUCACCAUUCAUGGUUCUGUUCUUAUUGAUGUUGGCACUGUAUCAAAUGUUGUAACAAGCAGAAGAGGAGGACCGACUCGUAUCAUACAGAAUUUUAUCGCAUUAUAUAUCCAAAGAUUUCAUAUGAAAUCAAAUUUGAACUCGACAUUAGGUUGGUAGUGUACUAUAGUUUUAAAAACUACAGAAAAUACAUGUACACCGAGGACAGAACAAAGUUAUCAAAAGGCCAAGGCAAGACAACCAAGAUGGAAGAAUCGUGCAUGCAGUUAAAAGUUUUGUAUGGUAGGACAGAGGCAGGACUUGUCCCUUACUUAAAGGUCAGCCCUGUCUACAAAAUUCGUUAUUGUGUAGGUAUAACGAGAACAUGGCGCACUAUAUCACUCUGAACUGAUUCAAAUUUGAUUUUAUAUGAAUCUGAACAUUGUUGCAUAUAAAAAGAUUCUCUUCAAUGUUUGUUGAAGUUUUUUAUCAUGAUAUUUUUCAUUCGGUAAUAUGAAUUUUGGAUAUUCAUUGUUAUUUUUCAAAUUUCACCUUAAUUCUAACUAUGGUAGCUAGUUGUGGGAAUGCUUAGGCUAUAUA